ACUUGAAAAAGUAUAAAGACCCCCAAAUGCAAGGCGCUUUUCAGGCUCCAGGUUUUUUUUAACAGUCUCCAUGUCUACACAUUCUACCCACUACACCGAUGCGCUGUCGGGUAGUAGCGGUGUUUCCAAUAAGCGGUACCAGGCAUACGCGCCUGACACGGGGCUGAGAGCUUCUUUGGAGUCCGAAAAGGCUGCUGAUGACGAUGCUGAAUCGGAAAUUCUCCACCGCCAACGUACCAACGUGUCAGAGCUCUCUCGAAUCAUCUCAGGAAUUCGAGACGACCGGAUCCAGGAUGCGGCCGUGGCUCACGAGUACCGAGACACCGGAGUGCCAGAUGCUGUUAUCGCACAAGAGCUCGAGGCCAUCUCCCGAAAGAACACCACCAUUGCCGAUGAAGAGCAGGUGGUUGGAGAAAAGGAGCUCAAGUUAUCGGAAGUAGACGUGGAAGAGGAAGAGAACAUCCCACCACCCGACGAAGGGUAUGCGUGGGUCAUUGCCAUCAUUGCCAUGUUAUCGGUAUUUGCAACCUGGGGUAGUAAUGCCUCGUUUGGAGUAUUUUUACAAUACUAUAUCGAUGCCAACGUGUUCCCGGGAGCCACCAAGUACGACUUUGCGUUGAUCGGAGGCUUGGUGGUGUGCCUUGCGCAGGGUUGCAGCCCGUUUGUAUCGAUGUUAUAUCGGGUUAUAGGCAUAAAGGCCAUCACCGCUCUAGGCAUCACCCUUCAGACGGCUGGGUACAUCUUGGCGUCAUUUGCCACCAAAAUCUGGCAGCUCUAUGUGUGUCAGGGUGUCAUUGUGGGGAUGUCGUUCAGCAUGUUGUUUAUUCCGGCCACUUUGGUGUUACCAACCUGGUUUGACAAGCAUCGCGCUACUGCCUUCGGCAUCUGUAUUUCUGGUGCUGGGUCGGGAGGAGUGGUAUUUUCGUUGAGUAUUCAUAAGGUGUUUGAGAUGACUGGAAACCAGCGGUGGGGGUUGCGUUUGGCGGCGUUGAUGGCGUUGGUGGCGGCCUUACCGUGUUUUUUGUUGAAGCCUCGGUACGGAAAAACCUUACCUUUCAAACAGAGACUUCUGAAACAGUUUAUUCGAGACAACUUCAAGUUGAUCUUUGACUUCUCGGUUCUCAGCACUUGGCCCAUGAUGGUGUGGUGUGUGUGGUUUCUGAUAGCUAUGACUGCGUACGUGGUGGUGUUGUUUUCGGUAUCGUCGUAUGCUACCCUGAUUGGAUUAUCAUCCAGUAAGGCUACACUUUUGACAGCCAUCUUGAAUAUUGGCCAGAUCGUGGGACGUCCUGGUUUUGGAUUUGUGGCCGACUGGGCUGGAAGAAGCAAUGUGGCCGUACUUAUUCCUUUGCUCAUCUGUAUAUGGAUUUUGGCAUUUUGGAUCAAUGCCAGUUCUUUUGCAGCCAUGGUACCGUUCUGUUUAAUUCUUGGAGGUGUUGCGGGCAUCGGUACUCUUAUGAGUCAGCCGGUGUGUUCAGAUAUUCUUGGAGAUCCUAGCAAGCUCCCUGCUGGAUGGUCAGCUAUGAACAUUGCCGUUUCAAUUCCGUCGUUGGUGGCAGAAGUGAUCGCGUUGGCAUUGACCAGAUCCAACUCCACCCAGCCAUAUUUGCACCUUCAGAUUUUUGUGGGAGUGUGUUUCUUUACGUGUUCGACGUUGGCGUUGCUAAUCAGGCUGCACUUGGUGAAUAAGGUGAUCAGGGCCAGAUUAGCAUGUUCUAUCAAUACUUUACAAGAGCUUACGGGACUGCGGUGCCGGUAUUUGACGGUGGCAGAAUUGCAAAAGACGGACGAAGAGAAGGCGGACAUUGUAUUGUUGACGGAGAGAAUCGAGCGGUACGAGGUGUUAUUGAGGGCCAGUGUAGGGAGUUUUUUCAUUCGGAUGUUUUACCCGAUUAAAGUUUAGCAUGGCACUGACGGUACCAAACAAUAAUGGCAAUAAGAGCAAUAACAAGCACAAUCAUAAAAGCGUAAUGGGUAGACAAUUAGAAUGAUGAUUAUAAAGUGUAGAGAUUAAUAAACGAUAAUAAAACCUGGGUAUGUUCUUCUGGCUACUAUGAUCACCCGUUUAACAAUAUGUUUAUUAACAAUGAAGGUUUUGGAGAUAUUAUACACGAUAUAAAUGUAGAUAUCUUAACGGUUAGACUUGGCAACUCUUUCCAAUUCGUCCUUCUUCUUGAUGGCAUAAGAAGUAGAAGAACCCUUGGCAGCGUUGAUCAACUCUUCAGCCAAACAUUCAGAAAUGGUCUUGAUGUUUCUGAAAGCAGCUUCUCUAGCACCAAUGGUUAUUAAAGCAACAGCCUGGUUGACUCUUCUCAAAGGAGAAACAUCAACAGCUUGUCUUCUGACGGUACCAGCAGAACCAAUUCUGGUGGAGUCUUCUCUUGGACCAGAGUUGACAAUGGCGUCAACAACAACUUGCAAUGGGUUUUGUUCGGUGACAACGUGGAUGAUUUCCAAGGCUUGUUCGACGAUUCUGACAGCCUUCAACUUCUUACCGUUGUUUCUACCGUUCAUCAUUAAAGAGUUGGUUAAUCUUUCAACAAUAGGACAUUGGGCCUUUCUGAAUCUCUUGGCGGCGUAUCUACCGGCAGUGUGGGAAACAAACACUGGUUGGGCGAUUUGGAUGUAGUCAACCAAGGAAACGUCCUUGACUUCAACGUCUUCAAAAGACCAUUUGUUGAACAACUUGACUUCAGCUUGAGCAGCUUGCACGUCAGCAGGAAUGGCGGUGGCCAAUUCAACGAGCUUGAGUUCUUCUUGGAUCACUGGAACUUCUUGAACUUCUUCAACUUCAGCCAUAUUAACUUGAAUUUACUGAUGAAUAACUAUUGGGAAAAGUCUGGUGAAAACUCAGUGCGAU